CCUUCUUUUGGAUAGAUGGUGACUGGUCCUUUUAUAUCUGACAUUAUUCCUGUCGAAAUUAUCUUUCUCUUUUGGCACCCUCCACCAUAUGUGGCGACGUUAUUGUUCUUUUCUCCAAAUAAUCCUUUUGCAGAUGAGUCCGUUAAUGAAAAUUUCGGCACUGAAAGACUUGCGAGGGACAUCAAGGAAUACACAGAGAGUGAUAUAUAUCAUGCAGCGUGUGAAAACGGGAUGCAGAAAGUGUACAAGGGCAGUGUGAUAGUGGUUGGUCAGGCAGUUACAGGGAAAACACACCUUUGCCGAAAUCUGCUGGGAGAAGACUUCACGGAGAACGACAAGGUGACGAACGGUAUUACCGUCUCAGGAUGUGUUCUGGACAAACACACAGCAGAUACCACCUUCAGAAGACAAGAGAAUGCUUCAAAGUCACGGAGUGCACAUGUUUCGAUAAAGGUUGAAGAAAACGAUGAAACCAUAAGACAGAUAGUAAAAGAAAGUGAAGGGCAUCCAGAUGUCCACGAAUCAGUGUCACUGUGGGACUUUGGCGGUCAGUAUGUCUUCUACACGACACAUCAAACUUUCCUCACCUGGCGAGCUGUCUACUUACUGGUGUUUGACCUCACCAAAGGUUUAAAUGCACCCGUCCACGUGAAGAGAGGUGGCACAGUUAAAGAUAUCAAAGUGGAUAUCAUCCCUAGCACUGUUGGUGAUUUUUUAAAGUUUUGGCAAAAUUCUAUCCAUGUGCAAACUAAGAUAGUUGAUCACCUGGGAUUAGAGUAUAUUUGUCCUAAAAUCCUAUUAGUGGGGACACACAGAGAUAAACUUGGACAUACAGAAGAGGAAAGGAAGAAGGCAGUAGAAGAAAGGUUUAGUGAAAUUCAGGAAUACCUGCGCAGGAGACCGGCACACGACAUGCACGUGCAGCCAUAUUUAUAUGCUGUGAACAACUGCGACCCUCAGGACGCUGGAAUACAAGAGUUAAGACAAGAAAUAUGUAAAACAAUCAAGGAGCAGCCAUACUGGGGUGAAGAGCAGCCGUUGAAGUACGUGCUUCUGGAAAAGAGACUAGAGGAGAUCAGAGAAACUCAGAAGUGCCUCAGCCUUGAUGAGGUGCUUGAGAUAGGGAUACAACAUGGCCUGGUGAACGAAGAAAUGGUUAUUCACUUUUUGAAAUUCUACAGCGAUUUAGGGGAACUUGUUUUCUUCAAUGAAGAUAACACUCGCAAUAUCGUCAUAUUAGACCCCCAGUGGUUGAUUGAUGCCUUUGCAUCCCUGAUAACUGUAGAGAAGAACCACAAGGGUUCCAGCCUAGAAGCCAUGGGUUAUUGGGAUCUGCUAGACGACAGGGGAGAAUUGGAUGAACGGUUGAUUGACAUUGUAUGGAAGGAAGAAGCCGAGCUGAAGAAAUACAAGGCCGUUCUUCUUCGUAUUUGUCAGCGUUUUGACCUCCUAGUUGAGCUACAGGAGGAAGAAACCGACGGCCAAUGGAAGAAAUAUUUAGUACCUUGUGUGCUGAAAAACCACCCCAAUCCAGAAGGCUAUUUGAAGAUACCUGAAUGUCCAUCAGAAGGUUAUUUGGAGAUGCAGAAGAUUCCUCCAUUAUACCUGAUGUUUGACGGUGGAUUCUGCCCCCCAGGACUCUUUCAUCGCCUGGUGGUCUGCUGCUACAGGAAGUGGUCAUCUCACGACCAAAAUCCAUACUGCAACUACGCUUGCUUCAAGGUGGACAGGUCAACUCACACAAUAUUGGAGUUAUGUAAUGAAGGGGACGGCACAAUCAAACUCAUGGUUGGCUCGUUGAAAAAAGGUGUCAACGUCUUGGAGAGGGACAGUGCAUUUCAAGUACUAAGCUACAUCAGGCAGGAGCUAGACCGACUUAUUGGCGCCUACUUCCCUUACCUGAAGUACAGCAUUGGGUUCCGCUUACCACACGGCUUGGUGAAACUGACGGAAGAUCUGAAGACAGAGAUGUUGGAUAGUGACGACGUUUGUCCACCUGGCUGCCGUGAAGUUGUUGAAACCGCCCCGUACAGAAAGUGGCUCAGGAAUAAUGAAAAUACCAUUUGUCCAUCAGCCAGUAUCGAUGUAUAUCCACCUGAUGACAUGGUGUGCGACCUUUCAAGAAGAAUUGGAGUCGAGUGGGAGGAAGUAGCUGCCUAUCUUGGAGUGAAAAGAGCUCACAUAGAUCAGCUCAAACUCGACAACCCCGGCAACACGCGUGGUCAGAUUCGCAAUAUGCUGUUUCAGUGGAGAGAUGCCAUGGAGACAAGCAGCAAUGAAGAGCGUCGAGACAAGCUGAAGGAAGCGUUGGCAAGGGCUCAACGUAAUGACUUAGCGGACAGUCUUGCAUAG